CUCUUUAUAAUCAAAAUCCUCUCACGAAUCCUCGUUACCAAACACCAGCACAUAAUAGAAGCUUCGCCCCCGAUCUGACUCUGUUGGUGUAUUCAAAAUCCCGCCAACCCAUUUAUUUUGUACAUUUCAUCUUCUCCAAAAUUCCCAAGUUUUACAUUAUCAAUGUAAUUCCUUUCUCUUGCAAUUCAUCAAUUCGCAACACUAUCUACAGCGAAGACAACGCAUUUUAAUAAGCAAAUUUCCAUUUCUUAGGGUUUUUUUUUUUAUAAAAAAAAAAAUCAGUUUUUCAACUGAGGAAAUAGGAGAAAGAAAAUGAAUGUAGGAGAUCUCAACAAAGUAUGGGAAAUUAAAGCUUUAAAGAAACCAGGAGAAGAAGAAGCCAAAAGAAUGCUCGAAAAAAUUGCCAAACAAGUCCAACCCAUUAUGCGUAAACACAAAUGGCGUGUUAAAGUCCUUUCCGAAUUCUGUCCAAAGAAUCCAGCUCUUCUGGGAUUGAAUGUAGGAGGUGGAGUGCAUGUCAAAUUGAGGCUUCGGAGGCCGAAUAGAGAUUGGGAUUUCUUUCCAUUUGAUAUGGUUUUGGAUACUAUGCUUCAUGAAUUAUGUCAUAAUGUUCACGGUCCUCAUAAUGCCAAUUUCUAUAAGCUUUGGGAUGAGUUGAGAAAGGAAUGUGAGGAGCUGCUUUCCAAGGGAAUAACCGGCAGUGCGGAGGGAUUUGAUAUGCCUGGGAGACGUUUGGGUGGGUUUUCCUGUCAGCCUCCUCUUUCAUCUCUUCCUAAAACUGCCUUAGCUGCGGCAGAGAAGAGAGCAAAAUUGGGAUCUUUGCUACCAUCUGGACCUAAACGUCUUGGUGGCGAUAAUACCAUUAUGAUUGCACUCAGUCCAAUACAGGCUGCAGCAAUGGCUGCUGAAAGGAGGUUGCAGGAUGAGAUUUGGUGCGGUUCUCAGUCUGCUGAGGUUUCCGAGGAUGGAGAAAAUAGCACUGAUAUUGCAGAAGACCUUGUAGAUGCGAGGCAAACUGCAAGAAGCUCAAGGCCAGACAAUGGUAGAAAAAGAAGUCGUGAACUAAGUAAUACUACAGAUUCUCAAUCUUUUAAUGGCCAUUUAGAGUCCAAUAUUGUAGAUUUAUCUACAGAUGUUUCAACGUCUGGUUCAAUUCGUGACCGUGGCACCAACCCUAAAAAGAGAACUUGGAAUUUAUAUAAGAGUGCAUCUUCUGAUUCUGCUUUUAUUAAUUUAAUCGGCGGUUCAUCUCUUGGGUCAAUAGCUAAUCAUGAAAUACAUAGUUCAGAGGAGCUUGCUAUGUGGGAGUGUGCAGCUUGCACAUUAUUGAACCCACCAUUAGCCCCAAUCUGCAACCUGUGUAGCACAGAAAAGCCCAAAGAUGCUAGUGCCAAAUACAAAAUAUGGUCCUGCAAAUUCUGUACAUUAGAGAAUAGUGUAAAGUUGGACAAAUGCUCGGCCUGCAGUGAAUGGAGAUAUUCAUAUGGUCCACCAGUAUCAACUCCAGCACCCAAUCAUGGCACCUGAGAGGAAAUGAGAGAGAGUACUAACGGAUGAGCAAUGAAGGAGUGGUGAUCGGAAUCCCAACGGAAUGGACAAACGCCGAACUGAACGACGGCGAACUUCUCGGCGGAAUCUUUGACUUUAAGGUAACGGACGUCAAAUCUAUCGUAUUCGAAUGACUCGCGCCAUGGAGCUGUGGUGAUUCCGGUCAUUUCAAGGUCGAUAGCGAUAAAAUCGGCGGCGAUGACAUGACGUUUGAGGUCAGCCAGCGAGGAGUUGAAGUUUGAUUUCACGACGUGUUUUAGGGGAAACGACGGCGUAGAGUUGGAGGUAGAGGAGGACGAGUAUGCACGCGAGAGAGCACGCGAGAGUGCUUUUAGCGGCCAUUGCUUGGUCAUGUUAUGAGCAUGUCAGGGGUUUAGAGGAAGAAGAUGAAUAGAUAGAUGAUUGUUUCAGGAUUCUAAGCCCUUGCUUAAACGCUGUCGUUCCUUUUUUUAAUCUUAUUUUACUGUUAUAUCCUUAUUUUUGUUUUUAUUUUUGCUCUUUUCUUUUCUAUGGCACAAAGAAAUUGUGCAUGAACCUAUAAAUUCAGGACCAAAUAUAUAUAUUUUAACAAUUGAAUUUUUUGA